AGGAGAGAGAAAGAUAAAGUUGGAUGAAGUGGGAUAAGUAAGAAUAUAAUUGCCCCUUUACAGUUUGAUCAAUUUAGUUGAUGGUAUUUGUUAAUUACAUUUACCAAUCAUACAUUUUAACAUGAAUCAUCUUUCAAUUUUUGAGAUUGCUAUCACCUUUUAUAGGUGGUUUACUAGUCACACAUUUAAAUACCAUACCAAGUCAUGAACUUAAAAAUUUUAAAAUAAGCACCAAAAUAAAAUGCAUUGCUCAACCAAACUCCUUCAGCAUCAUCCACAUUCAUGGACACAACAUUCUCUAUCCUCUCCUUCAUCUCUUCUCCCUCUCCCCACUUCUUCCUUCACUCUUCUUCAUCCUUCUAACUCACCUCUUACACUUCACUCCACUAACACUACCAAAGUUCUUGCCAUGGCAAAAAGAAGCUUCCCCACCAAACAAAACGACUUCGCUUCAAGUAUUGAUUUGCAGUUUGAGUCACCACUGAAAAUAGUUGAAUAUCCAAACCCAAAGCUUAGAGCCAAGAACAAGCCAAUUGAUAAGUUUGAUGAUAAUUUGAAGAAAUUGGUUGAUGAAAUGUUUGAUGUUAUGUACAAAACUGAUGGGAUUGAACUCUCUGCUCCUCAAGUAGGCAUUAACGUCCAGCUUAUGGUGUUUAACCCUGUUGGUGAGCGUGGUGAGGGAGAAGAAAUUGUUCUUGUAAAUCCAAGUGUGAGCCAGUACUCGCUAAAGAAAACGCUUUUUAAUGAAGGCUGUCUAUCAUUUCCUGGAUUAUAUGCUGAUGUACAGAGACCAGAAUCUGUCAAGAUUAAUUCCAAGGAUAUUAAUGGUUCAAGAUUCACAGUUACUUUGUCCAGCCUACCUGCUCGUGUAUUCCAACAUGAGUUUGACCAUUUGCAGGGCAUCCUCUUCUUUGAGAGAAUGACAGAUGAAGAACUUGACACCAUACGUGAUGGGUUACAGGCAUUGGAAUUAAAGUAUGAGAAAAGCACUGGAAUGUCAAGACCCGAGAGCAUUGAAACUCGAAAAAGAAGGAAAACCGGUGUUAGUUUUGGAAAAUCUUAAUCAAGAAUACUACGCCUUUACCCGUGAAAAGC